GCGCGUCCCGUGCAGGCCAACGUGCUGUAAUUAAAGCCCCCCUUUUGCUUUCGCUCAGAGGUGUCUGGUAUCGCACGCGCGUUUUGGAGGCCGGUGGAGUGGCCGCGCGGCGUUAGCUGUUGUUGUUGCCACAUUGUGAGCCGCCGACGGUACCGUCAGAGCCGCCGGUGGCCGCGCGGGCCCCGCCGCUUCCCCCGUGGACGCGGCUGCUUGGGGGGAACCGGGACGACCCUCUUUUAUAACAUGUGGCGGCGGAACAUGGCCGUGCGCGAGCGGCGUCCAAAGGCUUUAGCUGAUUUUCCUUCUGCAGAGGGAUCCGACUUCCCAGCGCCAGGAACGUUUGCUUCUCCGCCACCGCGUGAAGGUUAAUAUGCCACACCAGUGAUGGAGUCCAUUACCGUGACGACGUCAGUGGUCGGACCGGAUGAGUUUGACCGCAAUGUCCCGCGGAUCUGUGGGGUGUGUGGAGACAAAGCCACUGGCUUCCACUUCAACGCCAUGACCUGCGAAGGCUGCAAAGGCUUCUUCAGGCGCAGCAUGAAGCGUAAAGCCUCCUUCACCUGCCCGUUCAAUGGAAGCUGCAACAUCACCAAGGACAACCGGCGCCACUGCCAGGCUUGCCGCCUCAAGCGCUGCAUCGACAUCGGCAUGAUGAAAGAAUUUAUACUGACUGAUGAGGAGGUUCAAAGGAAAAAGGAGAUGAUAAUGAAGAGGAAAGAAGAGGAGGCGGCCCGCGAGGCCAUGAGGCCGCGGCUGAACGACGAACAGGCUCGGAUCAUCUCCUCACUGGUAGAAGCUCACCACAAGACCUACGAUGCCUCCUACUCGGAUUUCUCACGCUUCCGGCCUCCAGUCAGGGACGGUCCGGUGACUCGCAGCGCCAGCAGAGCCGCCUCCCUUCACUCGCUGUCCGACGCCUCCUCUGACUCAUUCAACCACUCUCCUGAGUCUGUGGACACAAAGAUGAACUUCAGCAGCCUGUUGAUGAUGUACCAGGAUGGAGUCAACAGUCCUGACUCUAGCGAGGAGGACACCAAGCUCUCCAUGCUGCCCCACCUGGCCGACCUGGUGUCCUACAGCAUCCAGAAAGUCAUCGGCUUCGCAAAGAUGAUCCCAGGAUUCAGAGAUCUGACGGCAGAGGACCAGAUCGCUCUGUUGAAGUCGAGCGCCAUCGAGAUCAUCAUGCUGCGCUCCAACCAGUCGUUCAGCCUGGAGGACAUGUCCUGGAGCUGUGGGGGGCCCGAUUUUAAAUACUGCAUCAACGACGUGACAAAGGCUGGUCACACCCUGGAGCUGUUGGAGCCUCUGGUGAAGUUUCAAGUUGGUCUGAAGAAACUGAACCUGCAUGAGGAGGAGCAUGUGCUGCUCAUGGCCAUCUGCCUGCUGUCUCCAGACCGCCCCGGUGUCCAGGACCACGCCCGCAUCGAGCAGCUCCAGGACCGGCUGUCUGAGGCCCUGCAGGCCUACAUCCGGGUCAACCACCCGGGCGGCCGCCUCCUCUACGCCAAGAUGAUCCAGAAGCUGGCGGACCUGCGCAGCCUGAACGAGGAGCACUCGAAGCAGUACCGCUCGCUGUCCUUUCAGCCGGAGCACAGCAUGCAGCUCACCCCGCUGGUGCUGGAGGUGUUCGGCAGCGAGGUGUCAUAGCAGAAGAGGAGGUGUGUGGGCAUACUCACAGCACCGUCACACACAGGAUAAUCCACCAACUCGUGCUGCCUUUUCCUCAAGAUGAACUGCAGUCCUCAUGAAGCCUUGGAGAACCGCCCGAGUCACAGCCACCCUUUCAGUUUUCAGACCCCCGUUUUACCUCAAGAAGCCCGUCAUAACUGGACCUCUGGAUUAGUGAGACACCGUGUAUGCUUUUGGAUCCUGCAGCUCCAGGAUCACCAAAUUAUCCUCUGAAAACCUGAGACUGCAUCAAAUGUACAGUUUACAUCCCCUCUGUCAUCACCACGUCACCUCGGUGGAUCUCAUGCUUUUCUCUCCUUCACCCUCAUGACAUUUCUCCAUGGUAACGGCGAGGCAAGGACAGAAAAAAUGCACAUAUUUACAUCUAUUAGCCAGUAAGAAACUAGGCAUAGAUUGCUAGAGGUGUUUGCUGGUUUAGAGUAUGUUAACAGCAAAAGCAUCCAAAUAUAUGAAACAGCAGAGGAGGCGGGCAAGCUCCAAUCCAUGCAUAGAAUGCUUUGUUUAUAGGUCUUAAAUAUUCUAACAGAGUUCUGCUUCUGCCCUUUGAAUCUAUCGAUAUAUACAUUUAUAUAUAACAAUGUGCAAGAAGUUGUAAUCCAGCAAAACACAGAUAGAUGUUGAAGUGGUGACGGAAAUGUUGGCAAGAAAUGUGCAAUCUGAAGCAGCAUGGAUAGAGGCGGGAAACCGUCGGAUGUCCCUUUGUCACGGAGGGAAUGUAAGAAAACAAGAAUGUAUGUUUGAUUUUUACAUAGUUGGUGUUUUUAUGGUACAAGUCAAAUGUUUAGAUAUGCCAACGUAAAGCAAAGUGAAUGGAUGAAUGGGUGUGCGGCGUGAUGGCGUGGCGGCCGAGCCACGAGGAGCAAAUACUUCUGAGAGUUUGGAAUGGUGUAAAGGAUCCCGGGAGCCCUCCCGCGUUUUGUUAGUGUCUUUGUACGACGCGGGGAGGCGAGCGGCGGCUCCUUCUAUUUUUGAUAUCUGUGUACAGUGUGCUCGACUUUUGAUGGACCACAAGGGGGUGUACGUUCAGGCUCUGACUGAGGGUGUAGUGCAAACAAAGUACUGGUCUGUCACAGACGGACGUACACAAACAAAAUCUCACGUGUUGAUGAUCCCGAGUGAAUGGUUUUGCUGGAUGGAUUGCUGCUAAGACAGAGCUGGACAGCUGGACAGAGCCCAGCUGUCGCCUCAGGGAAAGUUUGUCUAACGGUGUUGUGUAUUUGGUUUUUACAGUGUGUGUGGCGUAAGCUUACAAUCAGGAGACACAGAUUGUUUUGUUUUAUUGUUUUUUGGAAGGCAUCACUGUGAUUCUUAUCAUACUGAAUAACAGCAUAAGGAAGCUAAAGAUGAAACAUUUUUUAUAAAUAACUACUUUUAAUUUGUUUAAAACUUUCUAAAUUUUACAAUCAGAGUAAACAUUUUAGGUACAGAAUCUUUGAUUUUUAUUUUUUUUACCUUUUUUUCAAUUAUUUUAGUCGAUUAUAAUUUCUGAAGGAAAGGCAGAGAUUGUUUAGUUUUUUUUUUUUUGGAUGUUUUUGUGUUGAUGCUAAAAAUUCUCUGCUUCUAUCAUUUCAACACCAGCCACAUAAGCAAGGUUUUAUCACUACUUUAUCACUACAUAUCAAGUUUCUGUUGACAUGGUGCAUGCUCGUCCUUCACGCAGGCCUGGAUCACCCCCUUGUGGAGGAACUGUGUAAAUACCACUCACUAAAUCUGUACAUAGAAUACAAAAUAAUGAUGAUGAUAAUAAUAACAUAGGUGAAAUAUUACAAAAAUCUGUUUGGAGGCUCUAUGCAAGUAGAGAUCAGCUCUUACACUGAGAAUGGACGCAGGCACCGUCACAGGAACUUACUGAGCUGCUCCAGGAUGCACCGAGGUUUGGAGCCCCGCCUCAUCAUUAGGAAAAUUCAGCCUAAUAAAUGAUCCAUCCAGAGGGGGGGCGGCGGUCGUGUUGCCAUGGGGAAGCAGCUAAACGCUCUUGAUUGGUACCUGACAGCUCCGUAAGUUCUGACUGUUAAGCUUCCUGUCUGUUCAUUCCAAGCUUGUGGAUAUUUUAUCCUUUCUCUCGUAUUUCAACCAAUAAGCUUUGGAGAAUUACACCGUGUUUUAGUUUUGAUCUGAAUCUGACUUCCUCUCUGUCUAGGUUGUUGAUCUGAAUGUCUGUCAGGGUUUCUGUGUUAGCUAGCGCUUGGCUUUCUCUGUCCAAACAGUUUGAAGACUCACAGCUGAGCGCCGUGGACCUCUGGAGCCUUCUGCAAGUGCAUGUAAAGAAGCUUCCUGUUCUGCUUUGUUUUGGGAUUUUAACUGACAAAACUUCACUUUAUCUUUAUGAGGACUGGACACUCGUGCCCAUAUUUUAUUUCAAACAGGAGGACACGGUUUCUCAAAGGACACAAUCCCCUCUUUCUCCGGAGCUAAAGACAGAGCAGUGACACUGCCUCAGCUGACAGGAGUCAGCCUCUGCUUUGGCGUGCCUCUUCGCCCAACGCCCAGCCGUACAACCAUCGCCUGCAUCAGCAGGAUUUCCGCUUUAAAGCUUUAAGUCGGCAGCCAGCCAAGUUCAGCUGGGGGUUGCACCUGAUGGUAGCGCGAGGAGCGAAAGGACGAAGGAGGCGCUCUGACUGGACCUACCAGCCUGUAAACGCUGUAAAAGAUCAUAGGAGAUAAAAGUCAGACUUGGCAGGUGUAGUGAAGUGCUGUACAGGCAGAGUGAGCAGAGACGGACUCUUUGAGGAAUCCUGUGACAGUUUGUUAGUGUUCAUCCACGUUGACAUGGAGAUGCAGGACAGCUGCGAGGAGAGUCGGCUCGGCGCUGAGGGUUCGUGGAGUCUCUCAUCAGUCAUUUACCUCUGCUGCUUCAAAGCCGUUUUAAUCCAGGGAUACAUUUUUAAUCGUCAGAUUUGAUGUGUUUUUUCAUCUGUUUUUCACCAACCGCUGCUCCACUCAUGAACCCGAAGUGACGAGUUCUCUCCUCGCCGCCGCUUCAACCCAGGUCAGACGCUCCACCUCAGUAGCCUUACUCCUACAGACCUCACUCAGCUGAAAACAUCCACCAGAUACCUCAAUAGCUAACAGGAGGCCUCCUCUCAGCCGCCUCCGAAGGGAACCAAACUUCAGCUCAUACUACACAAACAAAAGACCUUCAACCGUUCGAUCCUCAGCAGGUUUCUUCAUCCAGUCGCCCUGUUUCCGGUCGAGUUCUGUCGCCGGUCGAUCGGCAAACCAGCGGAUCUCAAUGUUAGUUUCCCAGCUGUCGUCCUGCUUUCCUCGUCCUCUCCUCCGUCUGUCUGAAACGUGCCGCACCGCGCCGGUACUGCGAUUAACAAAAGUACUACCUCCUCUCUGCACAUACAAGUAUAUACUUCUAUUUUUGUUACGGUUGUUUUUGCAGCGAAGUGUUUAAUAUAAAAAAAACAAAAAAACAUCCAUUCUAGUGGAAUAUAAAGCUCAGAUUUUUAUUUUAACUCUCUUUUGUGCAUAUAAAACCGUUUGUUUUUGUUUAAUUACUUUUACAUGCUGGAUGAUGGUUACCUCAAAUCUCAACCUUCAAACACAGAAGCCGGAAAGUUAUUUUUCUCUCAAAAAAACAUUAAAACUGACUGUUUCUUAGGUUUGAAACCAUUGAGCAUGAAAGGAAUACAAAUAUUUUAUAUUUCCAGCCUAAAAAUGAAGAUUCUAACAGAUUAAUGUCAAAUAUUUGACGUAUUUUGAAAGUUAAAACCUCUUCUUGAAGACGUUUUUGACUUUUAAAACUCAAAUGCUUUUAUUGAAAUUGAAAAAUUAUUAGAGAAUUUCCUCAUUUGUGUGUUCGCUCGAUACUGGCCCAGUUUGAAUGUGAUCUAGAGGUUAUUUCUCGUAGUUGUUUAGACUUCGGUCCGUAAAGUUCAUGUUUUUCUGUUUUUACCCCCCGGGCUCUGAGAGGAUUUACCCAAACACCCGUGGAACUGCCCCAUCUGCAUCAGCUUUCCCCAUCUGUAGGCCACACCAGAACAGAUAAUAAUUUAUAUCCUUUACAGCUUAUUAACAACAAAGUUCUGCUUUGUAGAUAUGAGGGAUUUGGAAAUAGUUGGUUUGCCGUUUGGUUGAUUUAGAUGAAAUUUAUGCCCCAUAUGGGAGGGGUGUGUGGGCUAAAGGAUUUCCAAUUUUACCCCUUAAUGCCUGAAUUUAUUUCCAGCUAUUAAAAAGUUAUUCACUUGUGUUUUUGCUUUUAAGUAAAUGCGACAUGUAGGUGAUUUUAUAGCUGGUUUGGUUUGUCGCAUUAAAGGAUGAUCUCUUCCAGGAGAUCAUCCUUUCAUUUCUGUUUAAAAAGGUCCAAACCUGUUUAACCCUUUAACACCGGAGCUCCAGAGUUUAUGUUCUUUGAUUAAAUGUAACUUUUCAACCGUUUACACGAUCAUUCCAGUAGAUUUUGAAGGAGAAAAGCCGGCCGCUUUUCUCCUUCAAAAUCUACUGGAAUGAUCGUGUAAACGGUUAAAAAGUUACAGUGUGUGAACCAGUGCUAAACGUCAAACAAGGCUGAUUAUUUGAACAAAUUUCAACUGAUGAAGCAAAUUACAUAAAUUUCUCCUGAGAACAAAAGGCUUUCUGGUUUUCCGUGUGGAUUCUUCAAACCAACGCUCUCCCUUCCUGUCUCGUAAGGGUCUGCCACAUUGGGAUCCCACUGUAGUCAUUAGCUGACGUUCAUUGGUGUGUUUCGUUGGCUUCACAUGCAGGCAUGUCUCUCCCAGCCGCUGCAGCCCAGCACUCUCACCACUCUGCCUUCUUCUGUUCCCAACCGACCGGUUCUGAAUCUCCGCUUCUGGGUUCUCUGCUUCUUACUCAGACACCAUCAAAACGAGAUGCUGUGAAUGACACACCAGGCCUUCAGUAGUCACUUUUGUAUGAAACCACCUUUGUAGAUCCCAUUUCGUUUGUUGAGAGUUUUCCUUCUAGGCAGGUCUCUUUUGCUCUGAUUGCGUUUUUUUCUGCUACCUCUCUAAAUGUGCGCUUUCUGGAACACGCAUGCACUUAACCGCUCUCACAGGUGAGCUCUCUCUGACACACCUGCAGCCAGAACACUCUUUCAGACAGACACACGGGUGCACCUCUUCUCUCACCAGCAGUUCUCUCUUUCUGUUUUGCCAAUGAUGCACUUGUGAUUUUGUCUCUGGGAUGCUCUGCAAAAAAAAAAAAAGUUUAGCAAAGAUGUGUCGCCGUUCUACGUCCUCCUCUUUAACCUGUAAUCUCGGAGAUAAACCUGAGCUUAGACAUCCAUUUAUCUGGUUUGUACAGUUAGAAACGUUCAUGUCUUUAUAAAAGAAA